AUGCCAGAACAUUCUAUUAAGCUAUUAGCCCCACCUAACAAUAAAUUAGCAAAAUUAGUAAGUGAGAAAUUAUCAACAAGUGUAGUACCAGUAGAACUUAAUCAUGAUAGUAAUCAAGAAAUUUUAUUUUCUAUAUCUGAAUCUAUUAGAGGCCAAGACGUUUAUAUAUUAAUGCCAAUGUCUCCCUUGGGCAUAAAUGAUCGAGUACUUGAAACUUUAAUUAUGUUAGACGCUGCAAGAUUAGCCUCUGCUGCCACUAUAACAGCAGUGGUUCCAUAUUUCCCCUAUGUAAGACAAGAUAAAAGGGAACGACCAAGAGCUCCAAUAACUGCAAAAUUGAUAGCAGAUAUGCUAGUGUCAUGUGGCUGUAAGCAUGUCUUAACAUUAGAAUUGCAUGCUCCUCAAACUCAAGGUUUUUUUAACGUUCCAGUUGAUAACUUAUCCAUGGAGCCAUGCAUUGUUGAUUAUUUAAAAGAAAAUUAUGGGACAAAUACAUCCGAAGUUGUUAUAGUUUCGCCAGAUGCCGCUGGUGCCAAGAGAGCUUCAAAUAUUGCAGACCAUCUUCAUUAUGAUGUUGCUUUGAUACAUAGAGAUCGGGAAGGUUCACGUUUUGACAAUGAUAGCAGGUUAAAUUUAGUAGGCAACGUUAAAAAGAAAGAUUGCAUUAUCAUUAUUGAUAUAGUAGACACUUUAGUUACUGUAUCAAAAGACGCAGAACUGUUACUUGAAGCAGGGGCAUUAAGUGUUAUUGUAGUUGCUGCCCACGGAUUAGUAUCCGACUUAACUAUAAAAAUUUUAAUCAAAUCUAAAUUAGAGAUGUUAGUUGUUACAAAUAGUAUCGUGAUUGAAAGUAAGCUCAAGAAAUGUUCCAAAUUGGAAAUAUUAGACAUUAGUGGUGUAUUAGCUGAGAGUAUUAGACGAUUACAUAAUGGCGAAAGUAUUGGACUACAUCUUGAAACUAUAUGA